AUGGCUGACCGCAACCAUCCUUCCGCCAAGCCCGCCGCCAGGACCGUGCUCAACCUCGGCAACCUCCCUCCGAAGAAGCAGGGCUUCGGCGCAGCGGCUCAAUAUGCUCGUACCCCUUCGCGCGUCGACCCGAACAACCCGCCUUGGCCCGCUUACCGCGGAUACCAUGAGUUCUCUUUUGCCCACGAAACGAUGGGCAAGCGUCUGCCUACCAUCCUGGGCAAAGCGGUCGACGACGUCAUCAAGACGCUCAACGAGCUGUAUGAAGAAGAAAAGAUCCUCGACCUCGCCAAGUGCAUCGAGCGCAUGCAUGUGCUCAUGGAAGAUCUGCAAAAGAACGCCAAGCUGCGUCCCAUCAUUGACGAUGGCGAGGGAGACAUCCCACUCUGGAACAAGGAGAUCGCCAAGUUCUUCCGCGGCAAGGACUUCAUGAACGCACCCUGGCUCUUCGCCGAAGCCUACAAGUACCGUCGUCUGCACGAGUGCUUUAGCAUCUCCAAGUACUGGAAGGACUACGACGUGUUUUUCCGUCAGAAGUGCGACACCUUCUCACGCUCAGGUACCGCCGUCUUUGAGCUCUCGACUCGGUUCGCCGAGCCGUUUGCCUACGAAGAGGGCGCAAACGAGGAGCAGAAGCUCAAGGCGCGCGAGUUGCUUUUCCACGAGCUCACCCAGGUGUGCCUCUGGGGUAACGCCACCGACCUCUCGCUGCUCAUCAACAUGACCGAAGAAGACAUCAAGAACCUCCAAUCCACGGGCGGAGAGCACCUCGCUGCCACCGAGAAAAACAUCCUGGGCAACCACCUCGACCGUCUCUGGAAGCUGGUCUCCAACAUGAAGGGUGGACGCAUCGACUUUGUGCUCGACAAUGCCGGGUUCGAGCUGUACUGCGAUUGCGUGUACGCCGACUGGCUGAUCCAGUCGGGCAUCGCAAGCGAGAUCCACUUCCACGGCAAGCGCUUUGCGUGGUUUGUCAGUGAUGUCACGCGCAAGGACUGGGACUGGCUACUCAACUCGAUGCUCUACGGCUCGCUCUUCCCGCAGGCGAGCGACGCCGAGGUGCAAUCGCUCAAACAGAUGGGUCUGCGCUGGAAAGAGUACGAGAGGAAAGGUCAGUGGAUCUACGAACAGCACCCCUUCUGGUGCACCGGUUACACGUUCUGGUCCAUCUCGCAGGAGGCGCCCGAUCUGUUCCUCCACCUCGCCGGCAGCGAUCUGGUCAUGUUCAAGGGCGACCUCAACCAUCGUAAGCUGACGUACGAUUGCCAGGCUCCCAGCGACACUCCCUUCGACAUGGCCAUUGGCCCGCUGGCCAGUGAGGACGGCGCCCCGCCCGUCGCCUCGCUGCGUACCAUUAAGUCGGACGUCGUCGUUGGCGUGCCUGACGAUGUGUCCAAGAAGCUCGAUGAUGAGGAGCCCGGUUGGAGGAUCAGCGGCAAGUACGCUGUCGUGCUUCUGUCCGAUGGUCUGCCCGGUAAGCCGGUCAGCUUCAACCAGCAGUGA